UCGCUCUCCCUCCCUCCCUCCUUCCCCAUAUCUGUGCCUGUGUCUAUUUCCCUUCCUUUCCUCCUCCCCUGCUUCUCACCCCAGCCAUCUCUCAUCCCUGGCUGUCCAUGCCAGCUGUAUCUCCCCGCUCCUUAGCUCUCACCCCUGCACCUCUUUCUUUGUAUUCCUUUCGCCCUCAGGCCUCCCCAGCAUCUCUCCUCCCCCGCCUACCUCUGGCCUCCCUCUGCCUCCCCGUCUUCAGCUCAGUCUCCUCCCUCUAGCUCCUCUUCCCUCCCCUCCAUCUCACCCCACUCCCCGCUUGCAUGGGGGCUCUUUCCACCCUGAGGGUCUCUCUGCCUUUCAUUCUCCUUUCCACCUGCCUCCUUCCUCAGCCCAGGGUUAGUGGGCGCCCAUAUUUUUUCUGCCCGGACACCUCUCACCACUCGCAGCAGCACCGCCAGUGACUCUUCUCCCCACCCUCUCCACUGCUGGCUUCUCGGCCCCUUUAAAUCUGCCUGGCCCAGCCUCCUUCGUGAUGCUGGGUUUGGAGCAAACAUUGAUUUGAGCUGGGAUAGAAUUGGAAUUUUGAUAUUUUUUUUCCUCUCCUAAACAUAAGAAGAAAAAAAUAAUAAAACACCCCCUCUUAGUCGCCCCCUCCCCCUUCCCAUCUAGCUCCCAGCUCCUCUUUGGUAUCUCUGUUCAGGGCAGAUUUUUUUUCCCCCUACACUAUUCUCAUCUACCCCAUUCUUCUACUAACCCCCCUCCACUAGCCUGUUCCUCCAGCAGAGGAGAGAGGGGACUCUCCCACAGUCCCCCCUCCUUCUUGCUUUGGGUUGGAGCAGGCUCUCCGGAAGGGGAGGGGGCUUGGCUUGUCCGGGUGAGGUGGGAGUGGAGGGAUCCUGCCAUGGAUGCGGCGCCCGGGAUGCAGCCUGAGCCCCAGCCCACAUGCCACUCAGGAUGAGGGUCCAGCCCUGCCUGCCCGCGCCGGGGCCCCUCCGCCCAGCCCGGGUCUAACUGCCCCCGCCCCCAGGCGUCGCCCGGCUCCCAGGCCCCCCGCCGGCUCUCCCGCCCCAGGAUGCGCUGACCCGCCCCGGGGCUGAGGCCGCGCCAACUACAUGCAUGUCCCCCGGGGGCAAGUUCGACUUUGACGACGGGGGCUGCUACGUGGGGGGCUGGGAGGCGGGGCGGGCACAUGGCUACGGCGUGUGCACGGGGCCCGGCGCCCAGGGCGAGUACAGCGGCUGCUGGGCACAAGGCUUCGAGUCGCUGGGCGUCUUCUCGGGGCCCGGCGGACACAGCUACCAGGGCCACUGGAAGCAGGGCAAGCGCGAAGGGCUGGGCGUGGAGCGCAAGAGCCGCUGGACGUACCGCGGCGAGUGGCUGGGCGGGCUGAAGGGACGCAGCGGCGUGUGGGAGAGCGUGUCCGGCCUGCGCUACGCCGGGCUCUGGAAGGACGGCUUCCAGGACGGCUACGGCACCGAGACCUACUCCGACGGAGGCACCUACCAAGGCCAGUGGCAGGCCGGGAAGCGCCACGGCUACGGGGUUCGCCAGAGUGUACCCUACCAUCAAGCAGCGCUUCUGCGCUCACCUCGCCGCACCUCCCUGGACUCGGGACACAGCGACCCCCCGACGCCGCCCCCGCCCCUGCCCUUGCCAGGAGACGAGGGAGGCAGCCCAGCCUCCGGCUCCCGAGGCGGCUUCGUGCUGGCAGGGCCUGGGGACACCGACGGUGCAUCCUCCCGAAAGCGCACCCCAGCGGCGGGUGGCUUCUUCCGCCGUUCUCUGCUGCUCAGCGGGCUCCGGGCUGGUGGGCGCCGCAGCUCCCUAGGCAGCAAGAGGGGAUCCCUGCGGAGCGAGGUGAGCAGUGAGGUGGGCAGCACAGGACCCCCAGGCUCCGAGGCCAGCGGGCCCCCUAUCCCAGCGCCUCCCGCCCUCAUCGAGGGCUCGGCCACCGAGGUGUAUGCCGGUGAGUGGCGCGCAGACCGACGCAGCGGCUACGGCGUGAGCCAGCGUUCCAACGGGCUGCGCUACGAGGGAGAGUGGCUGGGCAACCGGCGUCACGGCUACGGGCGCACCACCCGGCCUGACGGCUCCCGAGAGGAGGGCAAGUACAAGCGCAACCGGCUGGUGCACGGGGGACGUGUCCGCAGCCUCCUGCCUCUGGCCCUUAGGCGGGGCAAAGUCAAGGAGAAGGUGGACAGGGCUGUCGAGGGAGCCCGUCGAGCUGUGAGUGCUGCCCGCCAACGCCAGGAAAUCGCUGCUGCCAGGGCAGCUGACGCCCUCCUAAAGGCAGUAGCAGCGAGCAGCAUCGCCGAGAAGGCUGUGGAGGCAGCGCGAAUGGCCAAACUGAUAGCCCAGGACCUACAACCUAUGCUAGAAGCCCCAGGUCACAGACCCAGGCAGGACUCGGAAGGUUCUGACACAGAGCCCCUGGAUGAGGACAGCCCUGGGGUGUAUGAGAAUGGACUGACCCCCUCAGAAUGCUCCCCCGAACUUCCCAGCAGUCCUGCCUCCUCUCACCAACCUUGGCAGCCCCCUGCCUGCCGAAGCCCACUGCUUCAUGGAGGGGACUGGGGCCCCUUCCCCAGCCCCAAGGCUUGGCCUGAGGAGUGGGGAGGCCCAGGUGAGCAGGGAGAGGAACUAGCUGGCUAUGAGGCCGAGGAUGAGGCUGGGUUGCAGGGGCUGAGGCCCAGAGAUGGUUCCCCACUUCUGGGAGGCUGCAGCGACAGUUCAGGAAGUCUUCGAGAGGAAGAGGGGGAAGAUGAAGAGUCUUUACCCCAGCUGAGGGCUCAAGGAGGCUUGGAGCCUGAACCUGUCAUCACACCGGUCUUGAGCACACCGGUCUUGAGGGGCCCAUCCUCAAGGGAUCCUGACGCCGGGUGCCUGACGGAAGAGUAUGAGGAGCCUGCUGCCACCGAGAGGCCUGCCCAGCCGGGAGCUGCCAACCCCCUGGUGGUGGGAGCCGUGGCCUUGCUGGACCUCAGCCUGGCAUUCCUGUUCUCCCAGCUCCUCACCUGAGGCCAUGUCCUGGCUUCCUCCUGGCUUUGGUUGCCUGCCUCUCCACCCCUUUGACCUGCCUUUUUCUCUUUUCCUCCUCCUCGUUGUUUUCUCCUAUCUCUUUGUCCUUUUCUGUGAUCUUUUAUUUUUAUCUUUUGCUUUUUCCUUUCCCUCUCUUCUUUCAGAUGAUCUCAUUUAUUCUGGAUCUGUCUCUGUCUUCCUUGCUCCUCUCCCACCCCAAUCCCCUCCUUCUCUAGAUUGUUUACAUAUGAAGGGCUUUUCUCUCUCAGAGUGGCUCUCUUCUCUGAGACACACAAAUCUAAGUCAGACCAGUGUCCCUAUGCCCUCCCACCUUUUUAUUUAAACCCAAACUUCACCAAGGGUGGGGCUUGGUGUCCUGAGGAGUCUCCUGGAAGCUGAGUUGGGAGGGGAGUGAGAAAGAAAAUGGAGAAGGGGUGCCUGAAAGCUGGAUAAAGGUGCUGGCUGAACCACUAAAGCUUCCUGGCCCAAGUGGAAAGCUAGAGGAGUCACCUCCACUCCUACCUUGGAGGAUAUCAUCUUUCCUCCCAGAAUUCAGCUAGGUUCUUCCCUAACUUGACCCUUUCCUGAGGAAGAGAAGAGAAAUGAACAACCGACUAACUCCCUAGAUUGUCCUGCUUUCUCUUUCAACAGCCAGCCCCUCUUCCAACCCGAGGAUGGCAUACCAUGCCAAGAGCAAUGUGGAUAGGAUCAAAACCUAUCUAGUGCAGCCAAGCUUACCCCUCUCAGACUCUGUCACUGACCUUUCCACCCUCCGUUAUCUCCCUAAAAGUUUAUUUGGUUGGUUUGGACUCACUUGUGGCCUUUGAUCAAAUUCCUAAGGGGCCUGAAGAAGACACUGCUGUAGAGGUUAAAGCAAGGACCCCACUCCCCAGCUCUGGUAGCUGUGAGGUGGGGGGACACUUCUGAGGGGUGGGACCAAGCAAGAUCAGGGCAGCAGAAGUUAUAGCAAGUGGGUGGUUCUGUCUCUUCCCCCAUCGCGUCAGAAUCUUGUGAAAUGGGAAAACAAGAAGCGCUCAAAAGAAGCUGAUGUCUCCUACUUCUCAGGCAGAGAGACAUGAGUGUCAAAUGGGUGGAUGGGUGAAGAGCCCUGUUUGAAGAUGUGGCUGAUCCCUGGUACUAGCCUUUCCUCUGGGAGCAGAAGCCCUACAAGAGGGGACUGUAAAGUCCCCAGGGGAACUUUCCUUCCCUGCAUGAGGCAGAGUCAAGCUGCCUGCCAACCCCUCCCUCAAGGAAUGGCCUUGCCCAGGAAUGCCCACCACACACACUCUUCUAUUUUUUCUAGUCAAACUCUGUUUAUUCCUUGGCCUGCCUCCCUCCUUCCUCCCCUCUCAACCUUUACUUCUGAUUUCUAUUUCAUGGAAUUUGGGACUGAAGUUCUACAACAGUGCCGCCAACACCAAGUCUUGCAGAAAAAAAAAAACAAACAAAACAAAAAAAAAAGAAA